AUGUCGUCUGCAAACAGCGCAGAGGGAGGUUGCAGGUGGCCCACCCCACCCCAGGUAACCGAUAACACAUUUAAGGCUAUAAACUCGGAGGACGAUGGCAGUUUUACAAGCAAACUUCAUCGCAGGACAAAAGGACGCGUCUGGAUGAACGUUCCGCCGUUAUUUGUUAACCCUCCACUUUCUCCUCCUCCUCCUCCUCUGCAAAAUCCGCCCUUUUGGCAACAAGGGAUUGAGUUCGCCAACUUUGCCCUUUUGACAGCUAACUCUCCGUUAGAUACAAAGGAACUGGACGAUCAGGUGGACAGUCAAUUAGAAUUGGACUGUCACGAUACAGAAAGAGAAUCGAGCGUAGAACGAGAUUCUGACCUGAGCGGAGCCCUCUCUUCCAUGGUGGCCGCCUCGCCUAUCAACAGCAGCACCACUUCCAACGGAAGCACCGGAUCCGGCGGCGGAACCCCCACCACCAACAGCAGCAAAUCCGACAAGUCGAUUCAACAGAAUGACGAAAACCAGCCUGGAACCAAGAGGAGGGGUCCAAGGACCACCAUCAAAGCCAAACAGUUGGAGACGCUAAAGGCUGCUUUCGCGGCCACUCCUAAACCCACUCGUCACAUUCGCGAACAAUUGGCUCAGGAAACAGGCCUUAACAUGAGAGUCAUUCAGGUGUGGUUUCAGAACCGCCGUUCCAAGGAGAGGCGGAUGAAACAACUCAGCUCUCUGGGAGCCAGAAGGCAUUUCUUCCGUAGUCCGAGAAGAGCCAUGAGGCCAUUACGGCCCGGAAUGUCCCCAGACGGACUGGACGACAGCCCGGAAAUGGUGGCAUCCACCAACUCCGGUUUCGCUUACUUUUCAGGAUUUUACGACUUCUUUCCGGGACAACAUCCUUCUGACGGCCUACCCUUUCCUCCCAACAUCAAUGCUGGAUCAGCGCCAAAUUCCCAUUCCUCCGCUCCCACCAUCGACCAGCAGCUGUCGACCGUCGGCACAGGUCUAUCCAGCGAAACAUCGUAUUUGGGAGGUGGACACGAAAUGAUGACGCAGAGAGCGAGCCCCGAAGGUGUUCUUGGUCUUUCGGGUACGGAGCAGUACACAAAUCAGCGGUCGUCUAGCGAGAAUAGCUAUCCGACACUUUCUCACGCUCCUCCUCCCAUCAGCGAGACGUCCGUUUGGUGACAAAAUCCCGACACCUCUAACUGUGAUACGAAGGUUGCCAGGAGCCGUUCAUCGUCCGCAUCGGGUCAAUUCUGUACAGACGGCCGAACAGACGUUCUUCAUCGCAUCUAAGUUAUUCGUCAUCAGAAAAAAAAGAACAUAUCAAAAAUUUGAAUGUAGUAUUAAAGAUCAUGUAUAGUAGGAAUUUUUAUGUAUACUUCUGGGAAUAAAGGGACCGAGCUUUCUCUCUUGAGCUACAUCCACCAACGAUAGAAAAAUGUGCACGUUCUUUCAUUCCGCAGCUUGUAAAAUAAAUUUUUCGUUUUUUUU